CGUGCACGUUUCUUUGUUGCUAUUGGCUCCGGCGGGGGCGCCGGUGCGGGCGGUGCGUGGAGGGGAAGGGGCCAUGUGGCGGCGGAGCAGCGGUGGGGGCAGAGCCGACAGACAGGAGAGGCUGGCAGUCGCUGGGCAGAAGAGCGGGAGGCCGAGUCGCGGGAUCCCUCGUCUCUGCCACGUGUCGAUAAUCAUCGCGGGGGGGAAAUAAAGCGGAAUUCAAUGGAAGAUAACUGAAGGCGGCUGUUGGCGGCGUGGGCUGCGGGGAGGCGGCAGAGCUGUCUUCAGCACCUGGCCAUGGGGCUGCGCCGGGCUGCGUAGGAGCCCCCACCUUCCGCACACACGAGCAUCAUCCUUGUCGUAAUAAGCUGCUUGUCUGCUUCUUCUCGAUAGUUACGCUGUUAGCUUUUUAUAGCUUUGUAAACUGUGUUACCAGGAGUGGCUUUUUAGAGCAGGCGACCCUAAACAAUACUCCUCCUGUUACAUAAGGCGCUGGCUCCGCAACUGAGCGCUCCGUGUCCAUGGAAUAUCUCUGGGAAUGGCUUUAUUUACAGUGCGGUUUCCAAAAAUAAAAUAUCUGCAAUAUAUCAUUGCUCUUGUUCCUCUCCGCUGACUGCCUGCAGCUGCAGACUGGCUCUUGAGAUGUGGAGGAAUGAGAGCGUGGCUGCUUGCAUAAGGCAGAAGGUAAUGGUGAGAGAUUAAAGGAAGAUGAGCGUGUGUGAACUGCCACAAGAAACGCAGUCCUAUCCUGAAGGAAGAAAUCCAGGUGAAGAAAAACCAUGCCUUUGUUUAGUAAAUCGCACAAAAAUCCUGCUGAGAUUGUGAAAAUUCUGAAAGAAAACAUGGCCAUAUUGGAAAAACAAGACAAAAAGACAGACAAGGCAUCAGAGGAAGUGUCAAAAUCUCUGCAAGCAAUGAAAGAAAUUCUGUGUGGGACCGCAGACAAGGAGCCGCCCACAGAAGUCGUGGCUCAGCUGGCUCAAGAGCUAUACAACAGUGGCCUUCUAGUGACGCUUAUUGCCAACCUCCAGUUGAUAGAUUUUGAGGGCAAAAAGGAUGUUUCCCAGAUAUUUAACAACAUCUUGAGAAGACAAAUUGGCACACGCAGCCCUACUGUGGAAUACAUUAGUGCCCAUCCACAUAUCCUAUUCAUGCUUCUAAAAGGGUAUGAAUCCCCAAAUAUUGCCUUACGCUGUGGAAUUAUGCUGAGAGAGUGUAUCCGGCAUGAACCCUUGGCCAAAAUCAUACUUUUUUCGGAACAGUUCAGAGACUUUUUUAAAUAUGUGGAAAUGUCAACAUUUGAUAUAGCUUCUGAUGCCUUCGCUACAUUCAAGGACCUGUUAACGCGACACAAAUUGCUGGUAGCCGAAUUUCUGGAACAGAAUUAUGAUGCGAUCUUUGAGGAUUAUGAAAAACUCCUUCAUUCUGAGAAUUACGUAACGAAGAGACAAUCUUUGAAGCUGCUGGGUGAAUUGAUUCUGGACCGACACAACUUUGCCAUCAUGACAAAAUACAUCAGCAAACCAGAAAAUCUCAAGCUGAUGAUGAACUUGCUGCGAGAUAAAAGCCCCAACAUUCAGUUUGAAGCAUUCCAUGUGUUCAAGGUUUUUGUGGCCAGUCCAAACAAAACACAGCCUAUUGUGGAGAUCCUCUUGAAAAACCAACCCAAGCUAAUUGAGUUUCUGAGUAACUUCCAGAAGGAGAGGACGGAUGAUGAGCAAUUCACUGAUGAGAAGAACUACCUGAUUAAGCAAAUCCGAGACUUGAAAAAGCCAACAGCAUGAAGAACUACUCUUGUUUUCCACUGUAGGUGUUAAUCUCAUUCGUUAAGUUUCUCUGUGUCCCUUAAAUACCACAAUAGUGCUUGAGAAGGCACAGCAAGUGCCUGGGUUUUAUUUUGUCUUUGUUCCUAGAUGUCAAGAGUAGAGGGUUUUACAUGAAAACUAAAAAUAAAUAAAUAAACAAGACAAAACAAAAGAACCACACCACCACAAAAAUCUAGAAUAAUAUAUUCUUUUUAAUCAAGACUAAUUAUUUAUGUCAAUUUAGAAUCUCUCUGUAAUAGAAGCUGGUUUGACUGCUCAAGAAGAAUGAACCUCUUUGCUUCACUUUAUCAGCAAACUCAAGCUGUUGGUGUGUGCACAGAGUUGGUCUCCAGGGGACUGUAAUGUUGUUCCUUUGCACCUGUAAUUGUGACUUUGUUCUAGCGCCGCUCACACACAAGACUGUGAAAGAGUACGUUUGUCUCUGGAGUUAGCUGCACUUACAAAUCAAAUUUUUUAGUCAAAGCAGUGGGAGAUGAAAAAGCAGUAUACAUUUUUGCUUUAUUUUGUUUUCUUUUGUCUUUAAGCUUCUUUUUCCCCUAGAUCAGAGGUUUUCUAUUCAGUGCUAGGAAAUGGAUGAAGACAUCAGCCAGAUGAGCUGUUGCUGUCUGCCUCUGCCUUGUGGUAGAACACAGGCUGUUCCCACCAGCUCCCAAGCAGACUGAUGAGGAACAGCCCCAGGUACACGGUGCCCACGUACUCCUCAAUGGGGAGAAUGUAGGACCAACCCCCCUCCAUCAAGGCCCAUGCUGUAUCGCUGACAAAGUGAUCCUGCACCUACUAAAAUCAGCAAGAAAUCUGUCCCCAGUGUCAGUGGGAGUGACAUUGGGUGGUGGCUGAAUCGUGCCAAGAGCUGAGCCCCAGUGCAGGAGGAGGGUCUUCAGCAUCUUCCCAUCUGGAUUUAAAUCCCGCCUGUGCAAGGUGGGGUUGAGCCAAGUGCAGUAAGGGGAUGCUGGAAUGUCUGAGUAGCCUGGGGUCCCAGAGUCUGCAGGUCCACUCAAAGCUGACAGUAUUUAUUGGGCACCUAAACCAAGUGUGGGAGCCCAUUUAGCAGCCUCAGGCACCAAAGGCUACUUGCAGUCUGGCAUUUUCUGUCCUUUGGGUUGGAAGGGACCUUCAGAGCCCAUCUAGUCCAACCCCCUGCAAUGAGCAGGGACAUCUUCAACUAGAUCAUGUUGCUCAGAGCCCCGUCCAGCCUGGCCUGGGAUGUCUCCAGGGAUGGGGCAUCUACCACCUCUCUGGGCAACCUGGGCCAGUGUUUGACCACCCUGAGUGUAAAAACUUUCUUCCUUGUUCAAAAAAGUUUCUUCCUUGUUGGUCCCGAUGUGAAUUCAGGUUCUGUGUUGAAGUUGCAGAAGGGGAAUCAUUGCACUGUUAAUGUUUUAAGUUUAAUAAGCUCUGUAGUCCAAACAGUGUUUCCCAGGUGUGUUCAAAGAGUUCUUGGGGUCUCUUGUUUUCUAGUGGGAAAUGAAAAUGUUAUUCUGAUGCUUUAUUAGGAAGUGAAGUUUGAGAGCAGGGAGUGGAAAUUUCUUGAAUUUUCUGACAGCGGAAGUUCUGAGUUUUCCUGUUUGUUGUAAGACAGUUAUCUAGCUAAAAGUCUAGCUAAUGCUUCAGUUAAAAAGGUGACAAUGAAUUGUAAAAACAGAACAAGACUUUUUUCCUUCAUAGAACUGUUGUAUAUUGGAGUGAGUGGUACUUUAACUUAUGUGUUUUAGAAAAGGGAUGAAACAGAACAGAUUGUGGACUCUUGGUUUUUUUAAAUGUCAGAUACACACAACAAAUGUACAUCUUAGUUGCCUGGAAUUUAAAAAAAAUUAUAUAUUUACAAGCUAUUAAAGGCAUGACUACUGAUCA